AUGUCUCUAUAUCGCAUCGGUGUAGAUAUUGGCGGCACUAAUACGGAUGCGGCAAUCAUUGAUAUCAAGGCACUGAACAGCCCCAAUCGGGGAGUCCUCGCUACUUACAAAGCACCAACAACGCCAGAUAUCACCACCGGCAUUGAAGAAGCUAUUAGAACAGUGCUGAGUAGCUCUGCUAUUGACCAGAGACGAGUUCUCAGCGUCACUAUUGGCACUACCCACUUUAUCAACGCUCUUGUGGAAGCCGAUGCCCGAAGGCUGGAUCGUGUUGUUGUGGUACGGCUCUGCGGGCCCUUCACUCGCCAGAUCCCACCCUUUUCUGGCUUUCCUGUCGGCCUUCGCAAUAUCUUAGAUGGUGGUGUAUUCUAUCUCGAUGGUGGUCUAGAGAUGGAUGGUAGGCAGAUUGCUGAGCUCAACGAGCAGCAGAUCCGCCAGGCUGCGAUGGACAUUACAGCUGCCGGAGUCAAGGUUGUUGCUCUUGUCGGCGUCUUCUCACCAUUAGACCACGAUGGGAUUCAAGAGGAACGGUGUAAGAAAAUCAUGCUAGAAACUGCACCCGAUCUCAAAGUCAUCUGUUCUCAUGAUAUCGGUCCUAUCGGCUUUUUGGAGCGUGAGAAUGCGACUAUUUUAAACGCCUCCAUCUUGAGAACCGGUCACCGCGUCAAGAAAAGUUUCAAACGAGCUAUGAAACGUCUUAAUCUUGGCUGCCCAUUAUACCUAUCUCAGAACGACGGCACGCUUAUUGAUAUUGAAUCAGCUGCUGAUUUCCCUAUCAAGACUUUUGCCAGUGGCCCGACGAAUAGCAUGACAGGUGCAGCUUUCUUGGCUGGCAUUGGCCAGGGUCAUGGAGCUACAAAUAGCGUGCAUGGGACCACCAACGGCGUGUCUGCCGAAGAGACAUCUCUUAAUGGUACUGUCAUCAAUGGUGACAGCUCAUCCUGUGAGCAGGCUCAAGUUCUGGUAGUCGAUAUCGGCGGUACCACAACAGACGUUUGUGCCUUGCUACCAUCUGGAUUCCCUCGUCAGGCUCCGGGCUUCGUCGAGAUUGCAGGCGUUCGCACGGCAUUUUCUAUGCCGGAAGUUGUGUCCAUCGGACUAGGCGGUGGUAGCAUAGUUACUGUAGACGGUGCAUCCGUCUCUGUUGGCCCUGCAUCUGUCGGCCAUUUUAUCCAAAAACGAGCAAAGGUGUUUGGUGGCUCGACCUUGACUGCCACUGACGUUGUUGUUGCAGCCGGUAAAGCUACUCUUGGCGAUCCCAGUCUUGUUCAUGACAUACCACAGUCAGCCGUCAAUCUUGCUUCCCGAGACAUUAAAAAGAAACUGGAACGGGUGAUUGAUCAGAUGAAGGUUUCGGCAGCUCCAGUUACUGUUCUCUUAGUUGGAGGCGGGGCUUUACUGGUCACUGAUGAAUUAGCUGGUGUUGAGAAAUGUAUCCAACCCAUUCACCAAGGGGCUGCCAAUGCUAUCGGCGCAGCGAUUGGUAAGGUCUCUGGUGAGGUUGAUACAGUCGAAAUCCUUGAAGGCAAGGAUGAGAAGGCAGUUAUCGACGCUGCCUGCAAGAAGGCCAUUGAACAGGCUAUACAAAAAGGCGCAGCGAAGGAGGAUGUAAAGAUUGUCGAAGUCAAUAAAAUGCCACUUCAAUACAUGUCAAAGGUUACGAUUCGUAUCCAAGUACGGGCUGUGGGUAGACUCGCCAUUCCAGUUGAUUUGGCGCCUCCGCAAAGCCUGAACGGAUCAUUCGAUGACGACACAGAAGAUGAACAAGAGACGGAUAAGGUCGCUGUACCGAACGCGCUUGAGCCUACCACACGACCAAGCCUGAAUGUCGAUAUUGCAACGUAUCGUCCGAAUGUCAAAAACGGCGUAUGGUAUGUUUCAGAAGUGGACUUGGAGUUUAUGACCACAGGCUGUGGCGUCCUGGGCACCGGUGGUGGAGGACCAGCAUACUACGAGUAUCUCAAGGGAUUGAACACGUUGCGCACUGUUGGAGAAGGCAACAUGAGGAUCAUUCCACCCAAAGCUCUCAAGGAAAAUGAUAUGGUUGCCAUGGCGGCUUGGUAUGGAAGCCCCAAUGUCAUCAACGAACGGAUUUCAGGUGGCAACGAGAUUCUCGACGCUAUCGAUGCCAUUAACAAAACAAGGAACAUCAAAAACUUUCAUGCCUUGUUGGCUGAAGAAAUUGGUGGUGGAAACGGUAUGAGCGUCUUUCCUGUUAGCGGCCAUUAUAAUGUCCCCGUCGUUGAUGCAGACGGGAUGGGUAGAGCUUAUCCUACAAAAUAUCACGUGACCUUUAGUGUCUAUGGCCACUCUCUAACCCCAUGUGCCAUUACUGAUGCAAAAGGCAAUGCGUCAGUCAUCAUGAAAGCGAGCUCGCCUGCCCGCUUGGAGAAGAUGCUGAGAACCACGGCUGUGGAACUAGGACUCUCCUGCGCAUCAGCUUCGAAUCCGAUGCCAGGUUCCAUCAUCAAGUCAACGGCAGUGCAAAAUACACAUUCACAAGCAUGGUACCUUGGACGGGCAGUUCACUCCGCUCGUCGCAAUAAAACGAGCUAUCUCGACGCAAUAUUUGCCGUUUGUUCUGGAAAACUACUCUUCACGGGUAAGGUUAUUGAUGUCCAUCGAUACAUUGGUGGCGGCUACACAAUGGGUGCUGCCAUUCUUGCACCCUUGAGCGACGACGAGCGUGAGACUACGUCGAUCGAAAACCAAACACCAAGAGACAAACACAUGAUUAUACCCUUCCAAAAUGAGUACCUGUACGCAGCACUCUGCGAUGCCGCCGGCACCAAAGAGUCCCAGGAAGUUGUUUGUACAGUUCCGCAUCUCAUAUCAAUUCUUGGCCAAGAUGGAGAAGCGAUUGGGUCACAAGACAUGCAGAGAGCUCUGCAGGUGGGUGGUCCGGCGGGCUUUGGUCUGGAUCUGCCUGUUGUCGGGGACUUUGAUGAGUUUACAGAGGCACGGAGUGUGAUAGAGGAGUUUGGCAAAUGA